UGUAAAGGCCUUUUCUUUAGAUGCGUUGAACCCUUUGAGAGAUAUUACAACUUUAGAAAGGUCUCAUCUCAACCAAUUUAUAUAUCUGUUAAUUGAUAAUGCUUUAUGGAUUUUUGCAAAGAUUAAUUAUCUAUUAUAA